AUGCGAGCAGUCAAUCAAAAGGCUGGAGUUAAUAACUUGGGUAAAGCUAACGCUCGAGCUCGAAGUUUGCCAUCCCCUGUUGUCGCAGGUCGAGGUCGUGCAGGUCAUAAUAUAAAUCAUCCUUUUAUUAAUCGAAAUGGGUUAAGGAACGAUAAUUUCAGUGAUGACGAUGAUGAUGAUUUAUCUCUUUCGAGUGAUAACAUGACAGCUCUUCCUACAUCUGUAGUCAAUUGUACUGCUAACCGAUAUAUUGGGCUCGUCUCUCAAAGCGAGUAUGAAACAACAGAUGAUGAAGAAGAGGGAUCGUAUAGUGACUCUUCACUUGAGAGAAGUGGAGAGUAUAAGCCUCUUGGAUUUACUAUUAUUCUGGGUAACCAACCAAGAACGCCGUAUAAACGGAAAGUGAGUUCCAUUAAUGUUAAUUUAUCCGUUGAAAGCCAAAAUGUUAUGAGUAUUUCAGAUGUUCCUCUCCCAGCAAAAUGUAACAUAAGGCGUCCAAGUGUUUCAGGUGUACACAAGGGUUAUAAUUAUGAAUUUGAAGUAUCUCAAUCUGAAUCUGAAGUGGAAAUUGCGGAACCACAAGAAGAUGCAUUAAACGCAAUUAUCAUAAAUAAAUUGGUAAAGCGGUUAAGAGACCCUAGUAUUAAAGUUAGUUCUCGUGAGUUUGAAGAAUUGAAUUGGGAUGAUCCGAAUUUUGAAAAGGAGUUAAGUGCCCUAAAGGAAGUGGCUUCAUAUAUUGAGGUAAAAGAAACCAUGUUAAAGGUCGGGAAAGAAGGUAUAAUCAAGGCUGCUGACCGUAUUGAUCAAAAAAUCAAGGAGAUUCUUAUGACUUUACCAGAAGUUGUGGUUGUUAAGAAGAAGGACAAAAUUAUUGAGGGAUCAGGAAUCUUGAGAACACAAGAAAAAACAGUGAACAAAUCAGAGCUCCCCAUGAAUCCAGAAAAGGCACAUGUAAAUGUUGAGCGUGAAAAGAAUUUACAGACGGCAAAUAUGAAUGGAGUUAAAGGUGAUUCAAAAGAAUCUCAUAUGCAAGCUCGACCUUCUAAAAAGAAAAAGAUGACGGAUAGUAUGCUUUUGAAAGCUGAUGCUACCGCUAUUACUAAAGAGUCUACUAUGACUUCUGCUAAAGUCUCAAAAAAGAAGAAUCGGGAAAGCCUACUAAUUUCUCAAGAUAUUCCUUGUCCUGUGAAAGAGGCUACUUUUUCUGAAAAUGAAAAACCAUCACGCAGAAAACGUAGUGAGAAAAACACAAGUAAAAUUUCACUCGUUAUGGAUACGCUUCCAGAAGAAACUGGUGACGAAAUUGUGGAGACAGAAUAUAUGAUACCAGAGGAAACACAAAAGAAAAAUGAAUCACCAGGGGUGUUGAGGGCAAAAUCCAUGAGAGACGGGAAUAAAGAAACUGUAAACAAUGAUAAGGAAAUAGCAACAAAAGACACAGAAUCUUCAUCAAAAAAAAAGAGAAGGUCUCAAAAAAAUCGAAGUGUUUCUUUACUUGUCGAGUGUGUACCGGAAGAACCAGCUGGAGACCUUAUCCAUGAAAAGGAUAUUUCCCUUCGUAAUAAAAAUGCCACCUCGGAACAAAAUGCUCGUUCAAAGAAAAAUGAUGCCUCUUUGAAGAAGCGGCGAUCACGCAAGCAUAUCAAUAAUCGUUCAAUAACCUUUACAGAGGUGAUUGACGAUGAAAGUGCACAUGAUAUUGUUGAAACAGUUGCGGAACGGCUGACUGAAAAGGAAUAUGUCCCUGCGCCCCCAAGUGCGAGUAAAACAAAUAAAAACGAUCGACGUCGUCGUGAAAGAAAUAAUGCUUCUCGAAGCAAUCUUUCUUUUGCUGAGCUUCCAGAAGUUAUAGAUCAGACAGUCGAGGAUGAUUGUGCGGAUGGGAUUUCUAAGAGUACAACGCGGGGUUCUGGAAGACAUGCACUGGAAGAAAAACGCAAACCACAUAAUAAGAAAAAUACAGUAGUACCAUCUGAUUCCAAUAAAAAAAGUGAAACGACAACGAGUGAAAAAUCAAAGAGGAAACCUGGGGAUGAAAAGAAAAGACACCGUCGUACUAACGAUUGUCCGAGAUCACGCGAAUUGGAGUAUUCUUUUAUUCCAGAUGAAGUAAGUAGUGAAAUUAAAGACGCUGAUGGUGAUGCAGAAUAUCUGAAACCAAAAAAGGAAAGCCUAUCGCGUUUAAGUGAACAUCAUCUCUUAUCAAGAAAAGAUACUCAACAAUCAAAUGAUUUGAAUGUCCCUAAUGGGGGGUUACCACAACUAGUGCCCAUCAGUGCAACCUCCAGUUCUCGUACCAAGUCAGGGCGUGGCUACCAUAAUAUGGUGAACAUGGCUAAGUUACCGGAUCUUGCAGGUAGUGAAAUUCCAGACAACAUUGUUGAACCAUUAAACUCCAAAAAAGCACCCCCAAAGAGAAGUGCACCAGUAGAUGUCGUUAAUAAAUCUAAGAAAUCACGUAGUAUAAAGUCAAACCACCCCAGUCGGUCGCAAACUAGUUUCAUGGCAUUGCCUGAUGAGAAUAUUAUUGAAUUGAAGGAGAACGUUGGGGAUAUGAUUAAUGGGACUGGACGUGAAAACAGUGUGAACAAACCGAUAUCAAGUCACCGUUCCGGGCGACCACGCAACUCUGCAGCGUCUAGCAUGGUAUCUGUUGGCAUUAUACCUCCUGUUGAACUCGCAGACAAUGUGGAGUUUCCUUCUUGA